AUGGAACAUAGGGCUAUUAGGCAAAAUAUACCGAAGGAAAUUCAAUAUCCUUCAAGUGAAAUAACACCAUUUCCUAGAGUUGUAAAAAAAAGGAAUACCGCUAAUAAAAAAGAAAGAAGGCGUACUCAAAGUAUAAACACAGCAUUUUCAAGUUUGAGAAAUAAAAUACCAAACGUUCCAGUAGAUACAAAACUUUCAAAGAUCAAGACAUUACGAUUGGCAACAUCAUAUAUAUUGUAUUUGACACGAGUUUUAGAAGGAAAUCAAGAUCCAUCAAAUGGUUUUCAAGCUGAAUUAAUAACAUCAUUAAAAUUAGGUAAAGCUGAAAAAAAACAAUUAGCCAAAGUAAAUCAUGAGUUUGCUAUAGAACAAGAAAUGAAAUAUAAAAAAAACAGUGGAAGGACUGGUUGGCCUCAAGAUGUUUGGGCCUCUGAACUUAAGCAAGAAGGAAGACAGUUAAAUUAA